UCCGUAGAGUGCUUCCAGUUUCUGCGUUGGGAGGUGUGUUUGCUUGUGACGCUUCGGGACGACUGACUCACGGUGCGCCGGCUUCCGUGCUACGUAAUGUGCCAAAACAUCGCCCAAAGUUCGUUGGUGCUCUCCUGUUAACAGCCGUGGUACUUCUCCGUAUCUUACCGGCAGCCGUCGUAAUCUCCGGACGAAGCUCUUGCCGGACCGGUGUUGCGGUGUGCGGAUAUACGAUUGUUAUCGCAUAGGGCGGAGGUAGGACGUGGUGGGUUCCUGUAAACACAAGAGCGCAUACCGUUCCCACUCCGAUACCGUUACCUUGUCGCCGACAACGUCCCGACUCCCUCGGUGACACGAUGUCGACUUGGAAAGCAGCGGUCGGCACCGACUUGAAGGUGCAAUCGCAAGAGGCCGACGAUGACUGGGAGACCGACCCCGAUUUCGUGAAUGACGUGACUGAAGAGGAACAGCGCUGGGGCUCGAAAACUGUUGAAGGCUCCGGACAUGUUGCCGACGCUGUGAAUAUCAACGAACUCCGAGAACAGGUCACCAAGGACGAUGCAGCCUACAAGAAGCGAGUGCUUGAAGAACUGCCCAAGGCCUCCUACGGAUACGGGGGCAGGUUUGGUGUCCAGAAUGACCGAAUGGACAAGUCUGCUGUUGGGAACGAUUACGUGGCAUCGCUCCACAAGCACGCCUCUCAGACGGAUGCCGUCAAGGGCUUCGGUGGCAAGUUUGGUGUCCAGAAAGAUCGUCAGGACAAGUGUGCUGUCGGCUGGGAACAUCACGAAUCGGUCGAGAAACAUGCUUCUCAGAAAGACUACAGUACUGGAUUUGGUGGCAAGUUUGGCGUCCAAAAGGAACGCCAGGACAAAUCGGCAGUGGGCUGGGAGUUUCACGAGAAGACGCAGAAACACGCCUCACAGACUGACUAUGCCAUUGGCUUUGGUGGCAAGUUUGGAGUCCAGAGUGACCGGCAGGACCCAUCGGCUGUUGGCUGGAACCACAUCGAGAAGCUGGAGAAGCACGAAUCACAGAAAGAUUAUUCCAAAGGGUUUGGCGGAAAGUUUGGCAUAGAGAAGGACAAGCAGGACAAGUGCGCACACACGUUUGCUGAAGUUGAGAAGCCCAAGCCCGCAUACCAGAAACCGAGGCCCGACAUUGAGGUGACCUCAGAGAGCGCCAAAAGCCUGCGCUCCCGGUUUGAGAACAUGGCCAAGGCUGGCGAGGAGGAGGCGCGGAAGCUUGCCGAAGAGGAGCGGAAGCGGAGGCUCCAGAAGGACCAGGUUGAGAAGGAGGUGGCCAAGAAGUCCGAGGAAGAGCGCCAGAAGCGGCUCCGCGACGAACACAAGCGCAUCGACCAGCUUCAGGAACAGCUGAAGGCUGCCGAAGGCCACGACCGCGACGAGGAGGUUUCGGAGCAGAAGCCUCGGUCUGACAGUGCCGGUAGCCAGCCCGACGAGUCGGAGCUGAUCCGGCCCGGCACACGGAAGAACCAUUCGCGAGUCUCGGUCAUCCCGCGGGAGCUUGUUGUGCCAACUAAGCAGGUGACCAGUCCCGACGUCUCCCCAACACAAGAGACCGAACCGCCGGCGCCAACGAAGACUGCAGCUCCUCCCAUGGCCAAGGUGUCUGCGAUGCCCGUGGGCGCAACGGCGCUGUUUGCGGAAGAUGAAGAAGAGGCGCCCACAGCGGCACAGGUCGUGGAGCCAGAGUCGGAACCAGAACCUGCCGCGGUGGUCGAGGAGGCCCCCAAGAAGAUUGUGCCGCAGAUCCACCACUCGCCGGUCGAGUCGGAGUCGAGCCCAGAGUCUGGACCCGGUGAACCAUUGGAAGAAGGAAUCUAUGAGCAUUUGGAGCCAGUGUCGACCGAGAAGAAAAUGUCAGCUGUAGCAUUGUACGACUACCAAGCCGCUGACUACGAUGAGAUAUCUUUCGACCCCGAUGACAUCAUCACAGACAUUGAAACGAUCGACGAAGGCUGGUGGCGCGGGAAGUGCAACGGCAAAGUCGGCCUCUUCCCGGCAAACUACGUUCAACCUCUUUACUGAAGCUUGCAUCUUGAAGGCGAGCUUGUCUGAACCACGGUUGUGCCACUCUCUAUGAUGAAGAUGGUGCAGAUUCUUCCACAACUUGCUCAACGGCGGUCUUCUUUGGGCAUCCAACUUGCGCAUCGCUCGCCCAUCCAAGACUUCGACAUUCGGUCAUGACCCAUCGGUGGCAGUUUCUCGAACAACCAUUGGUGGCAGCUUUUGUUGUCGUCUAUUGAUUGUCACUUCUUCACGCUACCAUUUUGACUACUGAACUGAACAAACGUGCAUGAUGAAGUAUGUUGAACGCUGUUUCAUUUUGGUGAUUCAAGUCGAAGGUCAAGUGGCACUUCUCGGCAUGAUGCCUUCCUCGAAAUGACUUGACCGAGACCAGGUCACAGGCUUUGUAUGAGAUCCGACAACCUGUCAUUUUACGGCAGGUGACAGUGAUUUACUUCAUCUUAUCCCAUGGCAAAUCGCUGUGCGUGAGGAGCGAUUUGUGUUUGAAGCAACAGUAGGCCAUAGAGUGUGGAAGUGAGUGUUGGUUCACAAUUUUAGUAUGGCAACACAUCAGAAAAUUUUAACCUAUUGUUAUAUAAAUAUGCACUUGACAGAAUACCAGACACCAGAGACAUGGAGGGCAGUAACAAUGCUGGUAGCGGCACCUUGUGGUGGUUUGUUCAACUACAAAGUGUUAGAAACAUGUUCCGUUUCCUGCUGUUCUUUCCAAAUAAAAAAAAAAGACACUACACGUUUGUGAUUAUGCUGUUGCUGGCACCUUUACACCAGCAACUGAGUAGAACAUAGCCUGUCUCGCAAUAAUAGUUGAACUCAACAUCACCAGAUAGCGCUACCACAGCAGCUGCUUAUGUCUACGUCACCGCUUUUCCCUAAAUGGUAAUACAUUUACAAACAAACCAAGACUCGGUUAUCCGUAGAGGGAGUAGAUUUGCAUGGGCAGUCUCAUCUCUCGUGUGAACUUAGUCGAAAUAAGUGUGAAAAACUUCUUUUUGUAGGUUUUAUGAUGUGCGCAUUUAUGGACCUGCAGGGUCAUACCAGAGGUACAGAUCCUUGGGAAGUGUUAAACACCGUAUGUGCCACUGGUACACGUGCGUCAUCGAAAAGUAGUCCGAGAUUGUAUUCUUUGUAACGGAAAAUGUUCAAGUUGGACUAGCAUGAAAUUGCUGUUUUUCGAGCACAUUCAGGCCAGUAUGACAACGGUUGAAGACUGUGUUUCACCAUGUGUGUAUACAGCUUUGAAUUUUGUGACUGACCCCAAUCUUUUUUAAUUUAUUCCUUUUGCCUACAUUUGUGAGAGACGUUAUUGCUCCAGAUUUGUCGAGCUUAUUACUGUAUUUUGAGAACUUAGUUUCUUUUUUUUCAAGUUGUGAUGAUGAUUAUGGAAGUGUAGAAAGGCGCAGUUUUGCUGCUUCAGAUAUUUGUUGUAGAUUAGUUGACUAUAAUAGCUUUUAUUUCACAAUCUUUUACUCUUCUGUGUCCAAUCCUGCUUUGGGACCUUCUUAUACGUCAGCUCCAUUUUUAGAUUAUAUAUUUGUAAUUUUUCUUUUAGAAACUGUCUGUUGGGCCCAGUUUUAUCGGUUUCGAUGCCUCCUGUCUGAUGGGACUGCUCCUCAAACAACUAAUUUAGUCCAAUGAAUGCUUUACCGAAAUGUUCUUUUCCUUCUUUUUUGGUUUUUGAAAGACUUGUUGUAUUCUCGGUGCUUUUAUAUUCACUCAUGUUUAUGUAAUUUAAAUGCUUAAUUCAUUCCAGAUUCUGGUGGAAAAUUGCGCAAGCAUUUCGCUUUCAGAAUGUUCACUUUGCCUCCUACGUCACGCGAACAGUGUUCAAUUUGCGCUCUCUCCUCACGGUGCUGGCCAAUCGCGAGAGUGCAAGGGAACGUUCGGAAAGCGAGAUGCUUGAGCGGUCUAGCCCCCCGAUUUACUUAAUUACGCAUACCGCUGGUGUACUUAUCCAAUGUUAAUCGUGGGUUCUUGAUGUGGUGCCAAGUUUGUUUUUCACAAGGUAUCUUACGGUCUAUCGUAAGACUCUGUAGGCAUGUAAUGAGCAGAUGUUUGGUAUCUAUAAACAUUUUUUUGUUCUUGUAGGCUUCCAGUGCACACGUGCAUAAAUUAAUGUAGAAAAGUAUUUCAGGGUCAUUGCACUAUCAGACAUCAGUUUACAAGCAAUCUGUUGAUGGCACCCGAAAAUUUUUGUUCUGCACGGAUGCCAUUAACUGAGCUACACUGUUUGUACGAUUACAUGGAUUUCGCAAUAAACAAUCAUAUUGUUUUCAUACAAUA